AUGACCGACCAGCGAGUCAGGUUGGGAUAUACGCCCAACUCGAUGAUGGGCGACUACCGACGGCUGUAUCCCGACGAGACGGUUUACAUUUACGAAGUCGACGAGGACGACAGCAGGUUCACUAGCGCUUUUGUCAAAUACGUCGCAAGGUAUCCGCACAACGACUUUUACGACAUCAACCACAGAGCGACGGACGUGGCAAAGAAGAUUCCGAUACGUUGGAGGAGCAUCAAGAGGUGGUGGAAGGUCAUGCCGGGAACCAAAAAUUACGAAGUGCACGAGAAUAAGGAGUUCCAACCCCAGCCGCGAGGGUUUUGGAGUCGGGCAUUGAAUGUUUUUGGCUAUUGUUCACGAUGGGCCUCCCAGUGUUCCGCUCGCCUCGGUCAGUUUAGUCGCUUUGGUCGCUUCGGCGGCCCCUAA